AAUUAUAUCUAAUCUCGGGGCAUGAAAGAGAGCACGCCAGAUUCGAUGCUCGUUGCAGGUGGCGACGGUAGCGGCAAAAUGAUGUUGCGGUUUCUUGUAGUCUCAGUCCUCUCCUUUAUGUUGGUUGAAUCAAAGUUUUCUUGGAAAAUAAUUGGCGGUGAGAAUGCAUAUGAGGGUUUCUUCCCGUAUCAUGUUUCUGUAAAAUUGAAAGGAUCCCAUUUGUGCGGCGGAUCGAUUGUUACCACGAAAUGGAUCAUCACUUCUGCUUCUUGCGUACAGGACGUCGAUAUUUCCAGCCUCAGUGUAGUUGUCGGUUCAAUUAAAGUGAACUCUGGCGGUUUUACUUACAAAGCUGAGAAGGCCAUAUAUCACGAGUACUACGAUCCUUAUCUAAAUGACUUUGAUAUUGCCGUCAUUAAAUUGAAAGAAUCAAUUGAAUACGGUGACUUCGUACAACCCAUAGGACUAACCGAUCGUCCUGUAUCUGGUGAAGAAGAUAGUAUUUUGGUGGGCUGGGGUUCCAAGUCUGAAUACUUUUCGGAAGAUCUGCAGUACAUAAUAGCUAAAACGAUCAGCCGGGAAAAAUGCGAGAACAUGCACUCGUCUAGCUUAAUUUCGGACUCUCAUAUUUGCACUUACACGCCAUCGGGAGGCACUUGCCUUGGUGAUACUGGCGGACCGUUGGUGGACAUUUCCGAAGGUAAAUUAAUCGGGAUUAUCUCCUGGAUGCGGCCUUGCGUAAUUGGAACUCCUGAUGUUUAUACGAGCAUCUACCAUUUCCGUAGCUGGAUUUUGCAACAAAUCACUAAGUGAUUCACAUAUAUAAUGUAUAUAAUAAUGUAAUUGUACCUAAACUUAAUAUACAAUAU